UACAUAUUAUUAAAUUGUCAAGUGAUAAUUAAAACAACUCGUAUCGAAAUGGUCAAGAUCCGUUUGAAUGCCUGUUGCUUCUGCAUCAGUCUUCGACGUGGAUGCAUUGGAAUUGCUUUCUUCGAUGUUAUAGUCAAUUUGGUGAUCAUCCUAUUGGGCCCUCAAGAACUCAUCUCACAGCCAGAGCGAGCUGUGUGCAUCUGCCACUGCAUCGGAUGUGUGAUGUUGUUGUUGGGCGCGCUUAUUCAGUCAACAGUGCUAUUGGUGUUCUAUCUAAUCACCAGCUUCGUCAAUACGGCCAUUUUAAUCAUCUGCUUCAUCAUACAAACAGUUAGUAACCUGUCGGUACGCUUUCAUGUUCUCAUUUUUGUAGUCGUUUUAACUGCAAUUAACGUUUACUUUUAUAUUAUUGCGUAUUCGUAUUAUCAGCAAGUAAACACGCCCUUCGAAGAAGAUGACGAGGCCUGAACUUAUCUAUAGAUUGGAUAAACUUAUUUGUAGAUUGUUUUCUUAAUGAAAAGAUCCACAAGAAGUUUGUCUUCUCUAUAGUUUCACACAUGGAAACUAUAGGACAUCUUUAUUACUGAGCUUAUAAAUUAAUGGUGCCUUAUGAGCAGAUCGGAAUAUAACAGAUUUUUAAAUAAAUGUACAUAAGUAUAUACA